UAUGCUGGUUGUGGGGGCUGUCCUCUCCUCUCCCCUGCUCUCACCCGGCUGCAUUGACUCCCAGUCUGCUACAGCACGAAGAUGGCGACGGAGGGAGAGAGCGGAGAGCCCAGCUUCUCCUCUGACCAUGGAGAGCCAGACAAUAUGAAAGACUUUAAUGUGGAAAACUUGAGCAAGCCAGAACUUCGUUUUCUUUUAAGUAUAUUAGAAGGAGAGCUGGAAGCAAGGGAUCUUGUGAUAGAAGCCUUGAGGGCACGGAGGAAGGAAGUUUUUGUCCAAGAACGAUAUGGAAGAUUUAAUCUUGGAGAUCCAUUCCUUGCUCUUCAACGAGACUUUGAAGCAGGUGCUGUUGAUAAGGAAAAGAAGCCUAUCUGUAGCAAUCCCCUUACUAUCUUGGAAGCUGUUAUGGCACACUGCAGGAAGAUGCAAGAGCGGAUGUCUGCUCAACUUGUUGCUGCUGAAAGAAGACAAAGAAAGCUUGAGGCAGAGAAAAGUCAACUGCAAAACCUGGAACAAGAGCACAAAAAGCUGUUGGCUCGUCUGGAAGAAGAACGUACCAAAAAUAAACACGUGGUUCUGAUUCUAGUGAAAGAAUGUAAACUUUUGUCUAGUAAAAUAGUAGAAGAAGCUCAAAGGCUUGAAGAUGCAAUUUCCAAGUUAGAAUUGGAAAAAAAGAAGGGUGCUGAACUAGAAGAAGCACUGGCUGCUGAAAAACAGAUCCGAUCACAAAUAGAAGCACAGAUGGAGGCUCAAAUUGAAAAACAACUUUCAGAAUUCGACACUGAAAAAGAGCAUCUUCGUGCCAAGCUCUCUCGGGAAGAAGCACACACCAAAGAGCUACAAGAUGAGAUUGAUAGAAUGAAGAAAAUUAUUGAACAAUUGAAGUUGUCAAGAGAAGAAGAUAGUAAAGCAAAUAUACCACUUCUGCGGAAGAGCAAAGAUAAACACUCUUUGACUGGAAGUUCUGUAUCACGAUCCGUUUCUUGCCAGGCAAAUACAUUAGGAGUAGAUAGUGACUCUGAAAAUAGCAAGAAGCCUCCUUUGACUAUACCAGCCAAACCAUCUAUAGUCAACCAUGUCAUUGGAGGUGGCACAAAGAUAAAUGUUUGCACAAAUUCUGCAUUUGCAAAGUCAGUUAUAGAUAGACAGACAGUCCAUAACGAUGGUCUUCCUACGAAUUAUAGCAGGACAGAAGAGAACGGCUGCUCUUCAGAAGUAACAAGCAGUUCCUCUUUGUACCCAAAUAUUCCAUUUUGUACCUCUCCGGCUUCGCCAAGUUAUUUGUCUCAGUCUAUGCAGAGCUUACAUUCACCUUGUUCAAAUACUACUAUAAAUUCAGGUGUUAGUCCUCGCAUCCAGGCUGCAAAGUUUAAGUUUCAGGCAAAUGCCAAUGAGCAUGACCAAAAUGGAAACACAACUCAUAAUCCUCAAACCAGAGAAGUGUCUCCCAACAGCCGUGAAAAUUUGGUUGCAAAGCAAAUGGCUAGAAAUACUGUGACUCAAGUUCUCUCUAGGUUUACAAGUCCUCAGACUGGUGCACAAAUUAGACCCGGGUUUUCCCACCCAAUUGAAACAGGCACAUAUCCACCCGUAGCUGGACGUGGUGGCCAUUCAUCUUUAGCACUAAAAUCAACUUCAGUUUCAAGAGUUGAUAGAGGAAACCCCCCACCUAUACCUCCAAAAAAGCCUGGACUUUCACAGACUCCACCUGCACCACAUCCUCCUUUAAAAACACCACCAAAUAUUGGGGGGAAAAUUGAUCAUAAGCCCAUAACAUCUGCUCCUGCCACUUCAGCACAUGGGUUCAGGGUAUUAAAUGAGGAAACUGUGUCUAAGUCUUCUUCACCUCAGCUGCCACCAAAACCAUCUUUAGAUAUACCUGUGGCAUCUGCAGGCUGUGUCAUACCAGCCAUAGGCACAUCACAGGUGGGUGCUUGGCCUUCCCAGUCCCCUGGAUGGAAAGAACCUGCAUGUUCAGAAAGUUCCCUUGUCAUUCCCACAACCAUUGCCUGUACCUCCUCCAUACACCCUGUUAGUGCCUCAUCCUGUAGACCAUGUGAUUCAGACAGCCUACUGGUAACAGCAUCAGGCUGGUCUCCCUCCCUAACUUCUUUACUAACAAGUGGUGGACCUGUUCCCCUGGGAGACAGGUCCACCCUUCUUCACCAAGCUGCUGCCCAGGGAAAUGUCACUUUAUUGUCAAUGCUGCUUAAUGAAGAAGGACUGGAUAUAAAUAACUUAUGUAAAGAUGGCUAUACUGCCUUGUAUUCUGCUGCUGCCAAUGGACAAACAGACUGUGUAAAGUUGCUGCUGAUGUCAGGAGCUCAAGUAGAUGCUACUUUUUCUGAUGGCUUUACAGCCUUAUGUGCAGCAGCUGCUCAGGGACAUGCAAAAUGUGCAGAAAUGUUGCUUGCAUAUAAUGCUGACAUCAAUUAUGCGGAUGGAGGAAAAUCCCCUUUAUACCUGGCUUGUAAAAAUGGACAUUUUGAAAUAGUAAAACUUCUGCUGGACUAUGGAGCUGAUAGACAGACUGCAACCGUUAAUGGCUGGACACCAGUUCAUGCUGCUGCAGAUUCUGGAAACAGCGACUGUCUAAAACUUCUAAUGUAUUAUGCAAGUCACUUUGAUACCAGUGAGGAGGUUGAUCUAAAGGACAAUUACAGCCAUAACCUCAAACCUGUUAUUUCUGCAACUCUUCUCAAUAGUACAGACAGUGAGGGAUGGACAGCCGCUCAUAUUGCUGCAUCGAGAGGAUUCAAGGAUUGCUUAGAAAUCCUGUGUAGUCACUCUGGGUUGGAGCCAGAAAAGCAAGACAAGUGUAACCGGACAGUUCACGAUGUAGCUACAGAUGACUGCAAGCAGCUCCUGGAGAAUUUGAAUUCCCUCAGGAUUCCUAUAAGGAUUUCUCUCGAUGAUAAUGUUCGGAUGUGCUACAGCGCAAGUGAUUUUGAAAGCGAAGACAUCUGCUACCUUUGCAUCCAUAAACAUACAACAUGGGAUGAUUUAUCUACAGCUGUGAGUCAGGCUGUACUAAACCACUUCAGCACUAUUAUGUCUGAUGGAUGGGAGAGCCAAGAAGACUUGACAUUUAAUAACACUGCUGAAUCCAACCUUGGCCUUAGUGCAAUCACCGACUUGUCAUUCAGACUAGGGAACACAUCGUGGUCACUAGGGCAGAUUUUCUUGCAGACACCAUGGGAAUUUCUGAAAAUGAGCAAAGUGGAUCAGCUUUCUGUUUUUCUGCCAGGUCCAAAAGAUGGAAGUCUUAAAAGUGUGGCUUAUGCCUCAAUGAUUCCACUACAAACAUUGCAAAACUUUCUUCGCUUGGUCGAGCAGUAUCACAAUGUGAUAUUUCAAGGUCCAGAAGGGAGCUUACAAGAAUAUAUAGUGGAUCAGCUUUCAUGCUGCAUCAAGAACAAGGAAGAGGGUACUGGAUUUAGCUGUGAUGUGGUGAAAGUUGAUGCAUACUUGGGAUUAUCUAAGGAGCAACUAGUGGACAUUUUUAUUAAUUCAGGAUGUUUAAUUCCUGUUGCCGAUUCACCACCUUGCAAAAAGAAAACCAUUAUCAUUCUGGAAAAAUUAGAGAACGUCUCAUUAUUGGAAUUGCUUGGGGAUUUGAUGUCUCCUUUAGAAAAUCGUGGAUCUGAAAAUCCAUACUGUGUUCAUAGAGCCAAUGGACUGUCUGAUGCCUACUACUUCCAUGAAGAUUGCUUUUUGAUGGGAGCAGUCGCAAGGCCUCGCCUUCAAGGACCUGAAUUGUUGGCACAACAGCAUUUCCGAUGGGUCCAACUGAGAUGGGAUGGAGAGCCCAUGCAUAGUUUACUUCACAAAGUUUUGAAAAGAAAAGUUGUACAUAAGUUUAAAGGUAAACUGCCUCCAUCAAGUGACCCCGUGUGUCAAGGUGUAGAUUGGAUUUGCGCAGUAUGGCAUCAGCUGAACUCCUGCUUGUCUCGUCUGGGAGCACCAGAGGCACUUUUUGGACCACAGCCAUUCAUGUCUUGUCCAAUAGUGACUGGAAAUGCACAAAUAAUGGUGAAGUGGAUGUCCAAACUGUGGAAUGCAAUAAUUGUGCCAAAAGUGGAAGAAGCAAUUAUUUCCUUGGCUACAAUCAAGAGAUCCUCUGUCCUGGGCCAUGUUGCUCCUACAUAUACCACAAGCCAAGGGCAGCAAGCAGUUGUAAGAGCAGCCCUCAGUAUACUGCUCAAUAAAGCUAUUCUGCACGGCUGCCAUCUUCCAAAAAGUGAUGUAGAACAAUGCUUAGCUGAUUUUAAAGGAGGGAAUUUAUCUUUAUCUAUGAGUUCUACAUACAAGCCUGGAGGAAAGAAGAAGGGGGAGAAUGGAGCUUGGAGGAAAGUCAGUACAAGUCCACGCAAAAAGUCCAAUCUAAACUCCUCAUGGAGCAAAGAGAAAGCAGGACUAGAAGGUGACAUCUCGAAGAAUGGACUAAAGACAGGAAGCAGUUCUUCAAUAACCAAGAAAAAAAAACCUCUGGAAGGUGUUCACCCAAAGUCUCUCCACAUGGAACAGAGACUGUCGGCUGGUUCAGAUGAUGAGGUGGAUCUUGUGAAAGAAUUGCGAGCAAUGUGUUCUAGCAAGUCCGAACCGGACAUUACCAAGAUUGCAGACUUGGAUAAUUGCCUGGUGAUCUUUAAAAGUCCUCCAAAUGAGCAGAAUUCAGCAAACAGCAAAAAACAGAAUUCUCAAAAGCCACGUAAAAAUGGGGCCUGUCCUCUCCGCAGCAGCCAGAUAUCACAGUACAGCGACCAAAAGCCAAAAACAGAACCUGGUUCCUCAAAAGUCAAAUCUUUACUUCCUAUACCGAAAAGUCAUCGGAAAAAGCAGCAGUAAUACAAGGCAGAUAGCCAUUUCUAAAGACUCUAAAGAGGAAUUAUGGAGCUUGCACAAUAAUAAAG